AUGGCCACCAAUCAACAACUGACUACUAUUAAAUGUCUGAUUCUUGAUCAUUUCAUCACUUUCAAUGAACUUUCAUCUAUUAUAUCUUAUACACCUGAUCUUCGUCGUCUUCAUUUUUCUCAUAGACAUGAGAGAGAUACAACCAUCGGAAGUAUGUCGUCAAUUGCAUUAACAAAUUUGACAUAUCUUUCUCUACGAAUAUUUUCUCUAAAUUUUCAUGAUUUUGAAAUAUUCAUUGGGAAAAUACAUUCAAAAUUAAUAACUUUAUCUGUUAAUAUUUCAUCGAAUGACUUCACCUAUCUCGAUGCUUAUCGAUGGGAACGAUUAAUUUUACAACAUUUAUCUCAAUUAGAAAGAUUUUCUUUUCAAUACUUGGAUCAUGUUGAUAACGAGCAUCGAUAUUUUGAAGGAUUAAAUCAAUUUUGUUCUCCGUUUUGGAUCAAACGACAAUGGAUAUUUGAUGCUAAAAUCGUCGAUGAAGGAAUCGUUUAUGUUGUUCAUCCAUAUAAAAAAAGAUGGUAUGAAUAUACGGACGAGAGAAUGGUCAAUUCUUCUACUGAUCUUUGCCAAUGCCAUCGACUAAUUCUGAAUAUAACUUCUUGUGAUGAAUUUAAUGAACUAAUGAAGAUCGAAAUCCAACGUAUUUUAACUGUAGUACAACUUUAUCAUUUGGAAAUCCAUGACAUCGAGAUGGCUGUUGAUAAAUUACUCGAAAUCAUCGAUUUAUUUCCAAAUCUUAUUUCAAUUAAAAUAGAUUCCUUGUCAUUAACACAAGCCAAUGUUUCUUGCAAAAAAAUAGUUAAUAUUUCACAAUCCACCAAAAAUACUGAUAAAAUUACCAUGUUUUAUCUUGAUAAUAUCACGGAAAUGAAAGAAGUUUAUUUAUUAAUGAAACUUUGUCCACAUCUGACAUAUCUCCGAAUAGAAUCGCUCGGCGGGAUCGAUGCUGAAUUAUUCGUCGAAGAGAUUUUGAAGAAAAUUAAUCAAGAAUGUCAUGAUUCACUUCGUUGGUUAUGUUUUUUUUGA